AUGCAGUGGGUGGCCCUGGCCGUCACCCUGGGGUGCGUGUGCCUGUCGCACUCGUCACACGGCCCCACCCCCACCCCCACCUCCACACACACCCCGCUGGUGGACAACUCGGACGAGGAGGUGGACGAGCCCUGCUUCGAGCCGUGCGCCUGCGAGGUCAAAGAGGGCGUGCUCCAGGUGCACUGCGAUGGGCGGGGCUUCACCAACGCCAGCCAGGUUUCUCACUCGUGGGUUCGCCCCUUCAACCUCAACCUGCAGAGGAACACCCUGAGGCGCCUGUAUGCCAACACCUUCCACCACCUUAGCAACGCCGUGCUGCUGAAUCUGGGAAACACGGCGCUCCAGGACAUCCGGGUGGGGGCCUUCAACGGUCUGGCCAAACUGAGGAGGCUCUACCUGCACGAGAACAAGCUGGAGGUGUUCAGGAACGACACCUUCUUAGGCCUGGAGGCGCUCGAGUAUCUGCAGGCUGACUACAACGUGAUCAAACGAAUAGACAGCGGAGCCCUGAGGUUCCUCCACAAGCUGCGAGUUCUUAUUCUCAAUGACAACCUGAUCCCCGCUUUGCCCGCGCACCUCUUCAGAUCCGUCUCUCUGACUCACCUGGACCUGAGGGGGAACCGUCUGAAGAGCCUUGCGUUCGCGGGGACCCUCGAGUACGUGGGCCGCUCUCUGAUGGAGCUGCAGCUGGAGGAGAACCCCUGGAGCUGCGGCUGCGAGGCUCUGCAGCUCCAACAGUGGCUGGCCCAGAUCCCCUACACGGCCGUGGUGGGGGACGUGACCUGCGAGUACCCCUUCCACCUCCACGGAAAAGACCUCCGCGAAAUCCCCCGCAAGGAGCUGUGCGCCGCGCUGCCCGACAAAGAGCUCCAGACCGAGGGGGGAGCGCAGCCUCAGCACCCGCCGUCCAACGCCAAACCACGGGUUCGACCGACCAAGCCCUCCUCGAUGGUCCACGGGUCAAGACAGAACACUCACACGUCAACCUCAUCGUCGUCUUCAUCGGCCGAGCGCAAGGAGAGGCAACCCAGGCCCACCAAGCGUCCCCGGGCAUCCAGAACCCCGCCCACCGCCCGGAGCCCGCAGAACCCACCGGUCGCGGGCUACCAAACGCGCCCGCCCAUCCCCAUCAUCUGCCCCAUCGGCUGCACCUGUAACCUCCACAUCAUAGACUUGGGUUUGACCGUGAACUGUAAAGAGUGCGGGUUCCUCAACGUCUCCCAGCUCACUCCCAGGCCUCUGAACGGGAGGAAGUUGUACCUGAGCGGGAAUCUCAUCCAGCGGAUCUACCGGACGGACUUCUGGAACUUUUCGAGCCUGGACCUGCUGCACCUGGGAAAUAACCGGAUCUCGCAUCUCCAAGAGGGGGCGUUCUCCAGCCUGAGCAGCCUGAGGAGCCUCUAUCUCAACGGGAACAACCUGGAGAGACUCAGCCCUGACAUGUUCCUGGGGCUCUACAAUCUGAGGUACCUGUACUUUGAGUACAACGAGAUCCACGACAUCGACCGCGGCACCUUCAACACCAUGCCCUCGCUGCAGCUGCUCUUCCUCAACGCUAACCUCCUGCGCAGUCUGCCUCUGGGCGUCUUCUCCGGGGUCAACCUGGCCCGACUCAACCUGAGGAACAACCACCUCCUGCAGCUCCCCAUGGAGGGCGUCCUGGAGCACCUGACGGCCCUCGUGCAGGUGGACCUCCAGCAGAACCCCUGGGAGUGCGACUGCGGGGCCACCUCCCUGAAGCGAUGGCUGGAGGGACUGAGCGCCGUGGUGGUGGUGGGCGAGGUGGUCUGCCAUUCCCCGGAGAAGACCAAGGGCGUGGACCUCCGCUCGGUCUCCAUGGAGCUCCUCUGCCCCGAGAUGGAGGAACUGGAGGAGCAGGAAGACCAGACCCAGCAGGAGGAGGGAGAACCGCCCACAUCCACCACCCCGGAAAGAGGAAUCUCCGUGGAUUACUCGAGCGAAGUCCCUGGUCCGGUCAGCCCUUCGACGAAAGACUCCAUCCCGCUAUCCGUGCUCGUGCUAAGUCUUCUGGUUCUUUUCGUUUCGGCGUUCUUCGCGGCGGCCGCUCUCAUGGCCUACGCGCUGAGACGUAGAGACAAGCUUCCUUUCCGUCGUCAAGGUGAAGUCGAUCUCGCCGGUAUACAAAUGGAAUGCGGGAUUUUCACCGAACAGUCCCAUCAUCACCACCACCACCACGGAAUACCGGAAACUCCCCCGCUACCCGCCGCCGAACACAGCCACGUUUAUGACACCAUCUUACCCCCGGAAGCUUCCGCGCACAUCUACAAGGAGGACCAGGACCCCGCGGUGAAGCAGAGAGCGCUGCCGCAAGAGGGCGCCGGCGAGUCCGAGGGAGCGUACCGUUCCGCUUCCGAAAAAGACAAGGAAUGGUCGGUGGAGGCCGCGUCAGCCCCGAUCAGCACCGUGACCGGCGCGGUGGGACCCCUCGCCGGUCUCCACGGAAACGGCAUCCUCUGUCCGACCGUGAUCGACAGCCAAGGCCCCACCCCGAAAGUGGAGCUGGUUGACUGCUUGUUCAGAAUCCCCAACCCGGGCGGCUACGCGAGGCCACCCCCGCGAUACCCGCACCACCCGGACUCAACCGCGCAGGACGCCAGGGGCGAGCCAGCGCUGGUGGUGACGACUAGCAGCUCCACAGGGGGCAGUAGCGAGCACGUGGCGAGGCUGCGGACCAAGCCGGAUUAUAUGGAAGUACUGGAUCGCUCCUACCAGUUUUAA